AUGAGUUGGACCUCUCUCGACUAUGCGUCUCUGGACAUGAGCAGGAAAAAGGCAAACAAAAUUGCUGACCCAGUUGGAUAUAUUGCCUCUGAAUACGAUAUUCACUCGACACGAAACUCGCUCAAAGCAUGGGAUAUCGCUCUGGCACCUGCAAAGUCAAUACCAAUGAACGGAUUCAUGCUCUACAUGUCGGGAAACUCGGUCCAAAUAUUCUCGAUACUGAUAACAGUCAUGAUGUUUUGGAAUGGAAUCAAGGGCGUCACUGGCGCUAAUGCUGUCUUUACAAGCUUCUCCUCACAAGUAACGGCUGGUCGACCACAACAAACCUUCAACUUUGUGAAAGAUCCAGUGUUUCUGCCGAAACUCGCAUACAUUGGCCUACAACUGGUAGUCGUGGCAAUGGGCGUCUACAAAUGUGCAACCAUGGGCUUGCUACCAACAGCGUCAUCAGAUUGGCUGGCGUUCAAAACGCCGAAAACGGUAUCGCGAGAUGCAUAA